CGUUUUGUGUUCGGCAGAGGAUGCUGCUGGUGCCCUCCUACCUGAGGUACAGCGUAACCCGGUGGCCCGCACCCACUAUGAACAGGGUGUGCGAAUAGGUCAUGAGGAGGCGGGCGCGUAAUGCAAAACGUGCUGAACUCCCUCCCCCGCACCUCCAAUGGCAAGGUAGUGUGCAAGGGCCACACUACUCCAUUGAUCAGCAAGACUUCACGGUAUUAUUCUCCGUCCGAGCGAGAACGCCGGACGAAGAAAUACCGUGAGUACAUGCUUCGACGUUGGGGGGUCGUCGUCGGUGAGAACCUUUUCCCCCUACACCAACUGUAAGCACAACCACAACACUACCCAAACAAUCAACUCAUCAACAUCAGCACCACCAAUAACAACAGCUGCGCAGGCUCCGUUCACCAUUGCGAGGAGACCGUCAGGGGUAUACGUGGACAUAGUAUUGGCAGUCCCCAUCAUCAACAUCAGCCGGGGUAACACACAGUAGGAGCAGCCGAUGGAGCUGGAUGACGACAGCCUGGUACGGGAGAUAGACUUGUUCAAAAUUAUUUUUUUGUGUAAAACAGCUCAAGAAAGAACUAUUAUAGUUACAAAAAUAAAAUAAUGAUUAGGUCAAAUAUUAUUAAAGAUUUUUUGUGAGGCUUAGCUAAGGAAUCGCUCAGUAAAUUAUUAAUUGAGUAUUCACUAAAAAUUGUCGAUAUAUUUAAUUUAAUCCGUCUUAAUGUGAUUCUUAUGAUUAAAAAAUCAUUAGACUCUGAUGAAAUCACAUCCUGUGGGACAAUGACCAUCAUUUGUUCUAUGAUUAAUCAUUCAAAUAUCAUAAUUUCUUUAAGUGUUUUAAGUAAAAAAAUAAAACAUGAUUAAAAUAAGAACACAAAACAAUUAGAUCAUUUAUUUAGAUAAUUAUUUUUGUUUUGUUUCUAAUGUUACAUUAUCUUCAAGGAAUUUUGAAUUAAACUUCUGCAGUUUACAUUUUUUUUAUAAUUAGUUUAGUAACCAAAUGAAUUUAACUAUUGGCUACAAAUAUCUGAUUGCUAUUUGUAUCACCACGUAAACCACUAGCAUCGAAUAAAUACACAAAGGCUAAUUAUUUCUCUUAUUUUCGUUAGAAAAUUUUUGUGAGCGUACAGGAAAGUUAGAUAAUUUAUUUUGUGUUACUAAAACUGUACAAAUUGCAAACUUUCAUUUGAUAUGGAUGCUUUCAAAAAAAUAAAAAAUUAUUAUGUCACCAUCUUUUCUUUUGUAAACUUAAUAUUGAAAGGAAUUAGACAUAACUUAGGUUUGGACACAACAUAUUUCAGCUCAUAUAGCCAAACGGAGGAAUUUCAUCCAGAGAAAACACCUUUACAUACGUUUGUAGAAUUAUCUUCUCGAGGAUACGAUCUAAAAUUUAAAAAAAAUGGAUAUUCAGACGUUAAGAGUGAUUUGAAAAAGACUAGAUCUAGUCCUUACAAUAUAUAUCAAACAUUUCCUUUUAGAAAUAUGUCUUCCGCUGUGUUCAAAAGAACACCAUCUCCAAGACUCAAAGAACUUAUUGAAAAGUUUGAUAGCUUCUUCUAUGAUAAAGGUCUAAAUUUGUCAACAAAUGCCGUACACAACAGCAAUGUGUUGAUAAAAUCAUUUGGUAUUAGAAAUCAAUUGUGACCAAAAAGAUACAUCUUAUAAUGUGCAACUUAAUCAAGGAGAUGACUUAUAGCCCAUGAUUAACGGAAGCAAUACAAGUAACAAACCCAAUUCGUUUUUGAAAACUGAAUAUAGUUGUUCAGACGUUAAGAUUGAUUUGGAAGAAACUAGAUGUAGUCCUUCCGAUACAUACUGAACAUUUCCUUUUAGAAAUAUGUCUUCCGCUGUGUGCAAAAGAACAACAUCUCCCAGACUCAGUAAGUCAAUAUAUUCACUCAUAGUUCUAGUAGGUACUAAUUUCUUAUUUAAAAAAUAAUCAAAAUUUCUGGAGAACUUAUAGAAAAGUUUGACAACUAUGUAAAUAAUUUAAAUACAUCUUCAAAUACUGCACACAACAGUCCUGAAAUCAAAAAAAAACUUUUGAUUUUUAAAAUAGAUUAUAUAAUAGGUUGUAUAAUAAAACUGUUGUGUCAUUAAUGGAAGCAAAAUUAAUAAUAUCCCAGUUUAAUUUUUAUAUUUGGUAUGAUUUUGUAGAAGUCUAAAUCUAAUUUUAUCCUAUAUUUCCUUUCAAUAAUACAUGUUUACAAAUUUGAAACGCAUUCCUUUUAAAAACGCAGUAAGUAAAAUUUA